GGAAGGCAAGAAUUCUACCACUGGAUUACCACUGCCUCGUUUCAUAUAUAAUAAUUAUAUGCAUACAUAACAUCAGAGUAGCAUACAACCCUUCACUAUCCUUUUCCAAAAUAAAAGAUCAUAAUAUAAAACAAAAAAAAUAUUUGUCCAUAUUACAAAUCAUCAUGAAGGUCCAUCAAUUAUCGUAGACAAGAAACCUUUUACUAGCCAUACAACUCUGUGCAAGUUACUUAACCUUUCUUUGUCUACUUGUUCAUGUGUUAAAAACUAGGAUGGCAGAUAUUCAAUAAAUGGUAAAUAUUAUCAUUCAUCUCACAACUUUAGUGUUUUCUGCUGUCAGAAAAAUGCCAUAAAAUGUCAACAAUAGGGGAUCCUCUUGGAAGAGAAACAAUGGGGCGGAGGGCACUGCGGUAGCAGCAGCCGCCGCCGCGCAGCGCAGCCGCGCCGGGACCUGCUCGACGGCCCGGGACUCCCCUCUGCCCACUCCCCAUAUCUUCCACCGACGGGACAGUCCUGAGGACAUGUAUUCCUCUGAGAAACCUUGGACAGCAAAUUUUGGUUUAAUAUCUGAUUCGGACAACAUACAGAGACAUUUCCAGUCAUGAAUUCAGACCAGGAUGUAGCACUCAAACUUGCCCAGGAACGAGCUGAAAUAGUUGCUAAAUAUGACAGAGGACGAGAAGGUGCAGAGAUUGAACCUUGGGAAGAUGCUGAUUACCUUGUUUACAAAGUCACGGAUAGAUUUGGCUUUUUACAUGAGGAGGAGCUCCCAUACCAUAAUGCAGAUGUGGAACGGCAAAAGGCCCUGGAAAUUGAAAGAACUACUAAAUGGCUGAAAAUGCUAAAAGGAUGGGAAAAAUACAAGAACGCUGAGAAGUUUCAUAGAAGAAUUUACAAAGGAAUUCCACUCCAGCGGAGAGGUGAAGUCUGGGCUUUACUUCUUGAGAUCCCUAAAAUGAAAGAAGAAACAAGAGAUCUUUAUAGUAAAUUAAAACACAGAGCACGAGGUUGUUCACCUGAUAUCAGACAAAUUGACCUUGAUGUCAACCGCACAUUUAGGGACCAUAUUAUGUUUAGAGACAGAUAUGGUGUUAAGCAACAAUCCUUAUUCCAUGUUCUUGCUGCAUAUUCUAUUUAUAAUACGGAAGUUGGAUACUGUCAGGGAAUGAGCCAGAUCACAGCUUUACUCCUUAUGUAUAUGAAUGAAGAAGAUGCCUUCUGGGCCCUGGUCAAACUAUUCUCAGGUCCCAAACAUGCCAUGCAUGGCUUUUUUGUUCAAGGUUUUCCUAAACUCUUGAGGUUCCAAGAACACCAUGAAAAAAUACUGAAUAAAUUUCUGUCCAAGCUUAAGCAACACUUGGAUUCUCAAGAAAUCUACACGAGUUUUUACACAAUGAAAUGGUUUUUUCAGUGUUUUCUUGAUCGUACUCCAUUUACACUAAACCUAAGAAUAUGGGAUAUUUACAUUUUUGAAGGAGAUUGAGUUCUUACUGCUAUGUCUUAUACAAUCUUAAAAUUACACAAAAAACAUCUAAUGAAAUUGUCUAUGGAAGAACUUGUAGAAUUUCUUCAAGAGACCCUGGCAAAGAAUUUUUUCUUUGAAGAUGAUUUUGUAAUAGAGCAACUUCAGAUUUCUAUGGCAGAACUAAAACGAGCGAAAUUAGAUCUUCCAGAACCUCGUAAAGAGGAUGAAUAUCCCAAGAAACCUUUGGGGCAACUUCCACCUGAAAAUCAGUCUGCUGGUGUUAAUCACCUGAGCAAUGAACAAAGAAGUGUUGGCAAGUCAAGUCCCUGUACAGGCAGCAGAAGAGAAGGUGGCACAUCUCCUCACAAAAAACAUGAGCAUUCCCCUCGCCAUCAAAGUAGAAUUGGCACACCAGAAAGAGUAAGGCAGCCAAGGCGGAAAUCUGUGGAUGAGGAUAUUAAAAAGCUAAAAAGUGAGGCAGAUUUUGAAGGAAAACUUCCAUCAGUUCCCCAUGACAAUUCUAAGCAAUAUAUUAAUGCAGCUGCUAAUCAUAAUAGCAAUGCUACUUCAAAGAUCAGAAAGGAAUUUGUGCCCAAAUGGAAUAAACCUUCAGAUAUUUCAGCUGUUGAAAAAACUGCCAAAUACGCCAUUGAAGGCAAAAGUAGAUUAGCAAACCCUACACUUACCAUCCCAAGUUCUACUGAUACCCGAAUAUCAAAUGUAAGGCAAAAGAUUAAGGUUUUGGAUGCUGAUGAAGGGAAACGUGGCUCCAAUGCAUCACAGUAUGACAAUGUACCUGGAGCUGAAAAUGAAAAUGGAGCUUCUGUUGAAGAGGCACUAGAAAGGGCUUACUCUCAAAGUCCAAGGAAUCUUGUUCAUUCUAACAGUCCAAGAAAGUAUGCUGAGUCACGUUCGAUUCCACCAAAAGUAUCAAACAAUUUUACUUUUAAAGUACAGCCUCCAAGUUACGGAAGAUAUCCACCUCAGUUAGAUGGAGAAGAUCAUGAGACAGUACAUCCACCAUCCUAUAGUAAUCCCCCGAUUUACCAUGGAAAUUCUCCAAAACACUUGCCUACUGCUAACAGCAGCACCGUGUCUCCCCAGGUUAGCCAUGGGACUCAAAUUAAUCCUUCUAGGAGACCUUAUGGUUCUACUCUCUCUAUAGAUACUUCUCCAGAGAAAUCCUACAGCCGCCCAGCUCCUCUUGUACUCCCAUCUAGUCGAAUAGAAGUUCUUCCUGUUGAUAUUGGUGCUGGGGGAUAUUCAAGGUCACCAAAGAAUGGAAAAUUUAUCAUUCCUCCCGUGGAUUAUUUGCCAGAUAACAGAAAAUGGUCAGAAGUUAGCUACACAUACAGACCUGAGAUACAGGAACAAUCAUGGCAUCAAGAUGCUAACCGCAGACACUUAAGCAAUUUAUCAAAAUAUUCAGCCUUUCAACACGUAACCUUUCAGGACCAUAACCUCCCAGCGGUUUCAGUGGAUAGCCCUGUGCGGUAUAGAACUUCGCCAGCUUUAGAAGAUGCCAAUCCAUCUCCGUUUCAAUAUUCAGGGCCCUCGCCUCCAGCAUAUCACUACAGAAAUCGGGAUGGACUGUCUAUUCAAGAAUCAGUAUUGCUGUGAGAAUUUUAUCUAUACUUGCUAAAGACACUAGAACAGAAACCAUACGAAACCUACAUUGCUGUGUUUAUAAUUGCCAAAGCAGUAUUUUAUACGAUUGUAAACAACUAGCACAAUUCUCAAGUAUGUUAGUAAUAAUAAUAUAUGGAAAUAUUUUCAUCCCAUGUAGAUGCUGCUUAAGGUGAGCGUUUUAAAUUGCAUCAUCACUGAACCUAUCAAACGGAGUUUAACAUGGAAGCAUAGCAAUAGCAUUUAGGGAUGCACACACAGUGAUAAUUCAUUACGCAGUUUCAUUUAUAUCUUUCUCCAAAACCUGACCGUUUUUACUCUAUUGGCCCAUUCUAUUUUGAGUAAUGUUACAAAGCACCAAAAAACCGCGUAGAAUAGAUAUUUUUAAGGCUACAUGGAGCAUAUGUGUCCUUUAAUAGAUAAUUGUAGGCAUCUGUGCAUACACAUUUGAACACAGAACUAAGGAAAUGUUAAAAUGACUACUUUUAAUCUAGAUCCGUGGAAUAAUUUGCUUUUCUUGCUUUCCUUAGCUUGUCUUUUAGUCAUUUUUCCCCCUCAUCUUUUUAACCCAGGCCCUAAAACUGACUAAAGAGAUUUCCCUGGCUUUAUUAAUUCAACAUCUCACAGAACGGUCAUCAGUCUCCUUCAGUUGCUGCCAUUUUCUUUCAAUAUGAAAAUUAAAGACAUUGAAGGGAAAGGCUAACCACUUAAUGGUGCUUAAAAAUUGGGGCAGUUGAAGUAAGUUUAUGGUCAAGGGCGCAGCUCUCAUUGUAUCCAUUUGCACUGAGAUCAGUUUUAGUGCUUUCGCACACUUUGUUCUGGUCUGCCUCUUGAAAAGCUCAGAGCAGAAUAUUCCUUGCCAGAUCCAGAGGAAAUGCUGCAAUACAGCUCUCCAGCAAAUGUCAGCAGGAGAAGUUGCAACUUACUGAUCUUCAAGCCCUCACAAGGGGCAGCAGAAUGAACUCCUUUAAAAUUAUUUCGAAAUCAGGAUUAAUACUUCUUCUGUCCCUUAAAUUCUCACAGGGCUUCACCACAGAGGGCCCCAGGGUGGUCAUUUACACCAUCUUUUUCUGGCACUCUUUCUUUAAAGAAUGUAGUUAAUGGAUGUUGCUGCACUAUUGGGCCAUUAAGUUAUCAUUGUGUAAAACUGUAAAAAAUGAUCCCACCUAAUUAUUAAUAGGAAUCUAAGAUUUUGGUUUUUAAGAAAAAAUAGUAUGACUUUCAUACUUUGUGAAAACCCUGUUUUUCUCGUUCAGUAAAAAAAAACAAAAAAAGCAAGUUCAUGGUAUAAAAUUUAAAAUAUCUUUAAAAAUAUUCUAUGACACUACAAUUACUGCAACUUUGACAAAAUUUGGGGCUGUUCAAGAAAGUGUGGCUUUGCAUUUAAUUGGAGAGCUUACCUUCAGCAUUACGUUGCUCAUAUUUGAGUAAUAGAGAGUAGAAAACCUAACAGCAAUGGCUCUUGUUAUAAGUUGGGGCUUUAAACUUUCAAGGUACAAAAGUUUGUCUUUUAAAAUGAAAGUAACAUUUGUUUAGCUAGUGAAUGUGACUAUUUUUUAUGUAUAUAAUGAGUCUAAUGUAAUUUUAAUCAACUUGGUAAUGAUGUGAUUAAAUGGCAAAACAAAUGCAGUGUAUUAGCAGCUAAGCACUACACUGAAGCUCAAAAUCCUGAUAAUAUCACUGGGCUCUUGAUUUAGAUCAUGUGGAAGCAUAGAAAUAAAUGUAUAUAAAAUUGUAGCUGAGGAUAUUAUUCUAAUUUUUAAAACCAUGAUUCUGUGAUUUGUAAUAAACCAAGCUGUACAAUUUAGUUUAUGAUAGCAGCAUCUGAGCUGCUCCAAAAUAUAUAUAUCAACAGUGGUAAAUACUGUAGAUUUAUACAUAUAUAUAUACCCACAUACACACUAUUUUCUUAUGUCAUCUAUGACAUUUUUUAUCUGCAUACUUUUUUUGGUGUGAUUGUUUUUAACAUGCUAAAAGUAAUAAGUAAAAAAAAAAAAAAUGUCAACAAUAUCUGGAAGGGCUGAUAAGACAAAAAAGUACUCCGUUCAUCACAGGCAGGAACGUAAAAGCAGGCUCUGAACACGAGUACAAAUUAGUUUCAGUGCAAGAGAGAAAGAGCUUUCAAAUCCCAAAUUCAGUAACAUGAUGACCUGUGGGGACAUAUCUUACUCAAAAACAGCUGGCACACGCUGCAAUAGCAUACCUUGUGUCUGGGCAUACCCAUGAGACAAGACGAAAUUUAGCAGCAAACUCACAGGAUCCAUCCCUAAGCUCC